AUGCUUGGGGAGUUCGCUGCCGAGGCCGAGUCGCUCCUGGCCCAGCAGCAGAAGCAGCGCGCCGAGGCGACCAAGGGCCUCCAGAUGAGCAUGCUGCUCAUGGAGCAGCACCUCGGUCUGCAGGUCGACACGGCGAUGGCGCCCGUUAUGGCCAACCAGCAAGCGAUCCAGGACGAGUGCAUCGGCAUGGCCAAGUGCGCAGUGCAGCUGCACCAAAAGACGGUGCGCUGGAAGGCCGAGCACAAGCGCUUCAAGGCGCAGCUGGCCGAGCUUGAAGGCUUCAGCAACUGGGCGGUGCAGAGCGCAAAGGAGAUGGAAGCCAUCAGCGGGAAGCUCGAGUACGUCUGCCACGAGCUGUCGCGGGCCGCCAAAGACGACGCAUGA